AAUUUGUAAAUGUCAAUAUUAGUGUGCCACGGUUGAAGAUGGGUGAUUUCGUGGACACGGAUGAAAUAAAAGACACCCUCGAGACCUACAAAAAAUUAGCGGAUAACUUUUCCAACCAUGAUACGAUAUUGAAAGAUAAAACCGUUCUCUCAUACAUAGCGUAUGUAUUGGAAAUGCCCGACACAGAGGUGGUCCUCCUCGCCCUUGACACCCUUGAAAUAUUCGUUAAAAACGUAGAAAACUACAGCCACAUAACCUCCACCUUUGGGAUCAGAGAGGCCCUGGAUUCUGUGAUCAACAAAUACCCAGAGAACGAACCUAAAUUGGCCAAACAGGCUCGCCGCAUAAAAGAUGACAUUGAACGACUCAAACCACCGAUUUACAAUCUGCAUAGUCGCUGUCGGAGAAUCAUUGAGCCCAAAAAACUUCAAACUCACGUCAUCGUUUUGCACGUACACGGUUUACUCCCGGAAUCUCGGGCAGAAUUAGAAGCGACUUUGGUGAGGAUCGACGGGUUAAUAUCUCUUGUCGUGGAUGUGGAACAUCAGCGAGUAACAAUGAGAACAUUGACCAGCCUGACGGCUCGACAAAUCGCGGAGAUUAUUCAGAAUAACACGGAGAAUAUGGAGGCCCGACUUGUGACGAGGAAUAAAUACAACCAAGAGUUCCUAGUUAAAUUGGUCAGUACCGAGGCUGGCGAAUGCGAAGAAAUGCCUGAAUAUUUGCCAGAGGAGGAUGAGCGGGAAGAGGAAAAAGAUGGAGUAGUAUCUCUGUUCACCGGUUUGAGACAGAGCGCUUCCUCGUUGUACAGAUCCACCACCGAAUUCCUUCAUAACUCUUUUUAUUGGUGAACAUUUGGAGUGUUGUGUAGGAAAAUUGUAAUUAUUAUUCUGUCCCUUCUACGAACGUGUAUGAACUCUGAUCGGUACGCCGAUGGUAUAUCUUCAGGGAAAAAUUAUAUCUCCUCAAAAUUGGAUGUCCACUUUUUGGUCCGGCGACUGUGGAAAUAUGCUUUCGUUAAUUCUUGGACGCUCCGAAAUAUCCGCAACCCUCCCUCCGCCUAGGAAGUCCGCAUUUAACUCCGAAGCAAAUUGUACUUUGAACAUGUAAGAUUUCAAGGUCUCCGAUCGUGCCAUUAUCUGAUGUAAGUCUAAGUUGAAUUCACUACCGAUAAUUUAAGUAAAAAAAAAUCUCCGAAUCGCUUAAACUUUACUCGUCAAAUUAUGUAUUUAUGACUCACAAAGCUUCGUUAACUAACGAAAAGCUUCAGAUAUUUUGUCGUAGAUUUUAUCGUCGUUGUUAACUUAAUCAUGACUUUUCUCUGUAAUAUACUACACACAAAGUACGAAAAAAAAAGUCAACGAGGUUGGAUUUCUGUACACCAAGUAAUCGUAGUACGAGCAAUUAUCCUAAAGACAUAAACUCAAAUGUAUUUGAAAAAUCUUUAAUAUGAUAUUAUGUGAUAGAGAUUAUGCUUGGGUAAGAAACAAAACAGCGAACAUCCCAAUCAACUCGUUUGUAGUCGUGGGUUUGUGUCAGGCAAAUAACCGAAUAAUUUGGCAUUCUAUAAAAAAAAAUUUUCUCCAGUCUCGAAAUUGAAAUAUCUCAUCUCUUAUGCUCUCUUUCUCUCUUUCUCUUUGUCUCGAUGACUCCCAGUUUCCUGAUAUUAUAUUUUUUAUGUAAAUACCUGUACUCAUGUGUAACGCGUUGACUGAAUAUUUAAAUCCUGUAUCGGUUUAGCCCUGUAUUGGAUAAUAUUGUUUAAAAUUCUAAACUCUGCGAUGAUGUUCCAUUGCAACCAUUUUAUAGAUAUUAAUCCGAAGAAAUUACCUUUUGACGAUUAGAUAUAAUACGUCUGUUGCGAUAUGGGUGUUAUAUUCUAUGUGAAUAGCCGAUAGUAAAUUAAAAAGUACGAAUAUGUUUCCGUGAUUGUUAUAAUUAUUAUAAGCAAUUCAUCAAGUACAUUAACGCAGUUAUGAUGUGUUGUAUGGUAACCGAAAUCUCGACAAACCUUGUGUUAAUCAGAAACAAUUUGACACGAUACUUGUCGAAGGUCCCUUUACAUUUGCUGUGAAAAUUCAUAUUGCCAUUCGUCCAUAAAUGCACCUAGAAAGAAUCACGAAAUCACGAAGAUUGCAUGCGGUACUCGAUAGUCUGUAGAAUACGCGUAGUUUGCGAAGUAGUGUAACUUGUAUCGGAAUCAAUAUGGUUAUAAUAAAAUGAUGUAAUUUUUUCGA